AUGCUUAGUGCUAACAUCCCGUUAAAUAAAUUAAGUAAUACAUAUUUCAAACAAUUUUUGAUAAAAUAUACUGGACAAAAUAUUCCAGAUCAAACAACAUUACGCAAAGUUAAUGUUGACCAUUGUUACCAGGAAGUUUUAAACGAAAUAAGACAAAAAGUAGCGGGAAAGAAAAUUUGGGUCUCAAUAGAUGAGACAACAGAUGCCGAGGGCCGCUUUAUUGCUUCAGUUAUUAUCGNGCUGUUUUUAAGUGAUGCUGCGCCUUAUAUGGUGAAGGCUGGUGAUACAUUAAAAGUGUUGUAUCCAAAAAUGGUUCACGUAACUUGUACUUCCCAUGGAUUACAUAGAGUCGCUGAAAAAAUACGUAUUCAAUUUCCAAAAGUUGAUAAACUGGUAGCAAAUGUUAAACGAGUAUUCAAAAAGGCGCCUUAUCGUGUUCAAAAAUUUCAUACUGAUGCACCGAAUAUAUCACUACCUCCUGAACCUAUUCUGACACGUUGGGGUACGUGGAUUUCUGCCGUAUUAUAUUAUAGUGAAAACUUUCAAACUGUAAAAAACAUAAUUGAAAGUUUUGAUGAGAAUGAUGCGCUUUCCAUAAAAAAUGCUCAAAAAUAUUUUAAAAUUACUCAAAUGAAAGGAAACUUGACUUUUAUACAUUCGAAUUUUGCAUGUCUUCCCAUAGCUAUAACGCGUCUACAAAAACAAGGUAUACCCUUAUCUGAAGGUAUUGCAAUCAUACAAGAUAUUUCAUCAAAGUUUAGUCAAUUAACAGGUACCGCUGGAAUUGAUAUUAAUAAAAAAUUACAAACAGUUCUCAACAAAAACAAAGGAUUUCAAAUUGUUUGUAAUAUUUCAAAAAUAUUAACUGGCGAAGAAGAGAAUGUAGGUGACUUGGAUAUACCAGAAGAUUUAACCAGUAGCGACAUGGCGUAUUUUAAGUUUGCACCAAUAACAUCCGCAGAUGUAGAACGAUCGUUUUCUUUAUAUAAGAAUAUAUUGGCACCAAACAGGAGGUCUUUCAAGUUUGAAAAUCUCAAAAAAUCAUUAAUCGUACAAUGCAAUAAUUACUUUAGAGGUAAAUUUAUUAAAUAUUAAAUUUAUAUUUAUAUUUAUAUUUAUUUUUUUUAUAUAGAUGCCGUAAAUGACGAUGAUGAAGAUCGCAAUUAAUUUAAAUUUAUAUAAACAUGUAAUACCCAUAAAUUUUUAACAAUUAUAUUUAGUAUUUAAAAAAAUAUUUUUUGUUGUUUUUUGUAUAUUUUUGAAAAAUUAGUACAUAUUUUACGAAAUUUUAAUAGCAUAUUUUUAUGCACGUUUUGAUAUUUUUAGUGCAUAUUUUGAUAUUUUUUAGUGCAUAUUUUCAUGCAUAUUUUGACAUUUUUUAGUGCAUAUUUAAUAGUUUUUUGGUGCAUUAAAUUCACAGCCCUGGUUAUUAUUGUCUCAAUGAAAAUUUUCUUUUUUUUGUGAGGUAUUCAAUUAAAACUAUAAACCUAAUAAUAAAAUCAGAAUUGCUCUGAUAUCUACUAAAGGUAUAUAAAUUUGUUAUCUUUUAUACAUUUAUUAGAAACAUAAAUAAAUACCUACUAUUGUUACGGGCCGUUUGGACAUAGCCUUUUAAUGGGAAGAUGUACACGUAUAUUAAGUCUACAGAUGGUUUUUUAUUAGAAUUUGAACAAAAAACAGUUGACACGUUAUAUUUAUAAGUGAAGAACCUACAACACUAGACUCUUGUAUAUAAAGCUCUAUUAGAAUCCAUAAUUAACUAUGGUAUUACUAUUUGGAGAGGUGCCUACGAUACAACACCGAAUCCAUUAAAAAUAAUACAAAAUAGAAUAGGUAAUACAAAUUAUUUUAUAUAGAAUUAUUAGUAUUACACAGAAUAUCUGUACAAAGAAUUAAAUGUUCUACCAUUGUUCUAUAAGGCAUCAGUAAUUUAUAUAAUUAAAAAUAACCUAACACCUAGUAUUGAUCAUGGAUAUAACACAAGACAAUUAUCAAACAUUACUGUUCCCUUAAUGCACAGAAAACUAACUCAAUCUACUUAUUUAUGUAUAGAACAAAAAAUGUAUAAUAUGAUAACAUUAGACUUCAAAAUAACUCUAUCGUUUAAUACUUGAAAAAAAUAAAUAACUAACUGGCUGCAAAAUGAAAUAAAUUUAAAAACUUUAAAUAUUUGUACAUCUCUAAUCAAGUUGCUUGCAUUUGUAUUUUCUCAAACUGUUUUCAAAUCUCCAUAUAUUAAUUAUUGUUACCUACAUUGUAUAUGUUUAAGUUAGUUUCAUAAGUCUAAAAUUGUGAAAAAAAAGUUCAAUUUAAAUUAUUAUUUGAAUGUAAUAUUUUCCUUAUUAUAAAUUGUGAACUCAUGAGUUCCAAAACGAAUCUGUUCAGUGGGGGCCCAUUAUCUUUUCAAAGAAAUAAACAAUAAUAAUAAUAAUUAUAAUCAGGGCUGUGAAUUUAAUGCACCAAAAAACUAUUAAAUAUGCACUAAAAAAUGUCAAAAUAUGCAUGAAAAUAUGCACUAAAAAAUAUCAAAAUAUGCACUAAAAAUAUCAAAACGUGCAUAAAAAUAUGCUAUUAAAAUUUCGUAAAAUAUGUACUAAUUUUUCAAAAAUAUACAAAAAACAACAAAAAAUAUUUUUUUAAAUACUAAAUAUAAUUGUUAAAAAUUUAUGGGUAUUACAUGUUUAUAUAAAUUUAAAUUAAUUGCGAUCUUCAUCAUCGUCAUUUACGGCAUCUAUAUAAAAAAAAUAAAUAUAAAUAUAAAUAUAAAUUUAAUAUUUAAUAAAUUUACCUCUAAAGUAAUUAUUGCAUUGUACGAUUAAUGAUUUUUUGAGAUUUUCAAACUUGAAAGACCUCCUGUUUGGUGCCAAUAUAUUCUUAUAUAAAGAAAACGAUCGUUCUACAUCUGCGGAUGUUAUUGGUGCAAACUUAAAAUACGCCAUGUCGCUACUGGUUAAAUCUUCUGGUAUAUCCAAAUCACCUACAUUCUCUUCUUCGCCAGUUAAUAUUUUUGAAAUAUUACAAACAAUUUGAAAUCCUUUGUUUUUGUUGAGAACUGUUUGUAAUUUUUUAUUAAUAUCAAUUCCAGCGGUACCUGUUAAUUGACUAAACUUUGAUGAAAUAUCUUGUAUGAUUGCAAUACCUUCAGAUAAGGGUAUACCUUGUUUUUGUAGACGCGUUAUAGCUAUGGGAAGACAUGCAAAAUUCGAAUGUAUAAAAGUCAAGUUUCCUUUCAUUUGAGUAAUUUUAAAAUAUUUUUGAGCAUUUUUUAUGGAAAGCGCAUCAUUCUCAUCAAAACUUUCAAUUAUGUUUUUUACAGUUUGAAAGUUUUCACUAUAAUAUAAUACGGCAGAAAUCCACGUACCCCAACGUGUCAGAAUAGGUUCAGGAGGUAGUGAUAUAUUCGGUGCAUCAGUAUGAAAUUUUUGAACACGAUAAGGCGCCUUUUUGAAUACUCGUUUAACAUUUGCUACCAGUUNUUCCGUCAGGCCAUAAUAAAUAAAGUGAAUUUUCAAAUAGGGAACAUAUUGUACUAUGAUUUGUUUUCUGUAAUUGUUCGAGGUUAAAUAAAAAAAUUUCACCUGGACGAUCGAGGAGUAAUGUACCGAUAAUAACUGAAGCAAUAAAGCGGCCCUCGGCAUCUGUUGUCUCAUCUAUUGAGACCCAAAUUUUCUUUCCCGCUACUUUUUGUCUUAUUUCGUUUAAAACUUCCUGGUAACAAUGGUCAACAUUAACUUUGCGUAAUGUUGUUUGAUCUGGAAUAUUUUGUCCAGUAUAUUUUAUCAAAAAUUGUUUGAAAUAUGUAUUACUUAAUUUAUUUAACGGGAUGUUAGCACUAAGCAUGGCUUUACAUAAAUCAUUAUUAAAUGACGAUUUAGAUGACGAAUCUUUUGAGAUAAUAAGUUGCUGAGUUUUUUUUUUGUUUUCUGUACGAUUAACUCCUCUUUGGUGUUUUUCAGUGGCUAUGUGUUGUGUUACAGAAAAACGUUUAUCACUCGCAAUUUUAAUAUUGCAUACUGUACAAAAUAAAAUUUUACUGUCUGUUGUAAAUAUAUUUCCAAAUUCAGAAACGUAGUUUCUUAGACGGGUUGCAACCGAUAUUUUUUCUUUUGGCAUUUUAAAAUAUACAGUACAACUAGAAAUAUAAAUAAGGAGCUAGUAGGUACUGAUUAGGCGCAAUAAAAUAAUAAAAUAAACAAAACAAAACUAUAACACUCGAAUUACGAACACACGCACAUCACGGAUCGGCGAUCACAUCGAACUAAUAGAAAUAGGUAUUAUUUUUACAAUUGUUGUCCAUCAGGCAUCAAGUGCAAGUUAAUAUAGGUAAAUAUUAUUUUCCAUUUAUUUAUAUUUAUAGACCACAACAAUACAAUAAUAAUUAUUAAUUAAUAAUACUGAUCUUGGACAAUAUUCGGCAAAAUAAGAAAACAACUAUUUAUACCCGAAUUUACGUGUAGUCAACCCAACUAAAAAUAGAAUAAAAUGUUCAAAAAUAAUAAAAUUUCUAUAAAAGAUAGUUAGAUUAUAAAUACAUUUUAUAUUAUGUAUUUUAUAUUUUAGACCAAAUUGACCGAAAAAGUAUAAAUAUUAAGAAAAAAGCAUUAAUACGAAAAAAGUAUAAAAACAUGCAUUUAUAUGCCCUAACUAGUUAAAUAUGCAAAAAUAUGCACUAUAAGAUUUCGUAUUUUAAUUAUUAGUAACACAAUUCAAAUUUUGGCCGAAUCCAUUUUCUUUUAUGAUGUAGCAAAAAAAACAUGCAAAUGCAUUAAAUUCACAGCCCUGAUAAUAACAUUAUAUUAUUAUAAAGAAAAACAUUAGGACCAAUUUUUACCAGAUUGACCGAAAAAAUAUAAAUAUUAAGAAAAAAUCAUAAAGACAUGGAUUUAUAUGCUCUAACCUGUUAAAAAUGUAAAAAUAUGAAAAAUAAGACUUCAUAUUUUAACUAUAUAAUAUAAGCCAAAAACAAAUCUUGGUCAAAUUAAUUUUCUUAUACGGCUUAGCAAAAACAAACAUGUGAAUGCAUUAAAUUCACAGCCCAUAAAUAUGAAUUGUCUGCGUCAGAGUGACGAGGGGACUCGUAAGUGUAAGUAGACAAAUAGGUAACGAAAAUUAUCGACAGAGAAGAAAAAAAUUAUUAAAAACUACUAUUAUUAUUCUAGUAGACAUAUUAAAUUACGAGCGAAAUAUGAAAAAAUACACGAGUAAUCGUCAGCGACGUCCAACUACAACAGCGAUAAUACUUUAAUACAAUAAUACAAUCUAUAGCCGUAUACGGCACAACACAAAAAUAAUCAUAAAGAUAACAAUACGGCUUUUUUAUUAUAAUCAACAAAGACAAAUAUAGGUAUACAACAGUAUGGUCGAUUUGCAUAAUUCACAGAUAACAUAACAAUUUUAAUUAAUUUACAAAAAUAAGAAAAGACCACGGAAACAAUAAUUGGACGAAAAUAAAUGAUUUUAACGGACAGCGCAAACACCAUUUAUUAAAGAAAUUAUCAAAGAAUGCCUUGUCUCCGGUUUGUUUAGUAUUAGCUUAGAGUCAGUAAUAAAGUGAGUCUUUAGUAAGGCGGAAAGAAUAAAAAUGAGUGAUAAUCAAUAACUCGUAAUUGUAGCAUUUGCAGAUGAGCUAGUAAUAAUUUCAGAAAAUGAGGAGGGUCUAAAACAAUCCACAAAAGAACUAAUAAGAAUAGGGAAGGAAAUCGGUCUUAACAUACAUGACGAGAAAACAAAAUGUAUACUAUUCAGAAAACAUCACACGGUAAGAAUAUUGGAAAUAGAAGGUUUUUCAUUUGAAACUAUAGAAUAUUUCAAAUAUCUUGGAAUGCGAAUGAAGAAAUAAGAAAAGAUUGAUAACAGCAAACAGAUUCUAAUUUGGAUUAUCAACAUUGUUCAAAUCAAAAUUAUUCUUAAAAAGAUCAAAUAUAUCAUUGUAUGAAGAUUAUCUUAUAGCAUGUAUUGUAGCAUUAUACAUGUAUGAAACGUGGGCAACCACUAAGUCGAUUGAGAACAAAUUUGGUGUGUUUGAAAGGAAAAUAUUUCGAAAAGUUUUUGGACCAAAAAGAAUGAUCAAGGUUAAUUUGAAGUUAGGAUAAAUGAAGAGCUAAAGAGAUUAUUUGGAGAGGCCAACAUUAAAGGAGUCAUAAAGAGUAAAAGAAUAACGAUGGGCUGAUAGAAUUAAGGUGGACCUAAGAAUGACUGGGGUAAAAACUGUGAAGGAAGUGUCAAGGGACAGCGAAAAGUUAAGGGAUGUUGUUGUUGCGCCAAUGGACAUAAAUGGUCCCUAAGAUGCCUAGGAAAAAAAAGGACUAAUUAUAUAUUAUAUAAAAUACUUAUAGUUAGAUGUAUUAUAUAUAGUUCUAAAAUAUAAAGGAUACAUUUUGAGUUUAAGAUACCUAGUAUAAAUUAAUACAAUUAAUUUAUAAUAACCGAAAAAAUAUGACAUGGCUAACAAUUGACGAAGUGACAAAACAGGAUGCUAUUGGCCACACGAAAACUAUUGUUCUGACGAUAAGAAAUAUUUUGGACUACUAUUAAUUAUGACAUUAAAUAUCUAAAUUCAAUAAAACAACCACAUUUUUACUAACUUUAACCCUUUUGAGUUACGUAAAGGGGUUGACAUAUCUUACUUAAAAUUUACAAAAAUUAUUUUUACCUAACCUAACAGAAUUCCUAGCCCGCGAAUUCAAAUAUUUAACAUUUAUUUUCAACACCUUUAGAUUAAGAACACUAAUGUACACUUGUUUAAGGGCUUAAGCACUUAUAAUAUAACAAUCUAAAUUGUAUAAUAAUUAGCUGUGUAUGUAGGACCUACAUCGUAGGUACUCGAAUAUAACAUACAGGUAAAUAUAAAACAUAAUGAUAUAUAAUAUUUUUGUUAACUUUGAACCAAUUUUGUUGAUUGCUAUAUUGACGCAUUAUUAUGAUAAGAUAAUAUGAACACAUGUUUAUUAUUACAUUAUUAUUACAUGGCCGUUAAUAAUAUAUCUGAUAGUUUUUAGGAAAGAAAUCAUAGCAAUCAUAUUAUUUAAUAAUGCCUAUUGUGAAUUCAAUAAAGAAAGCGCGGGAAAACUAUUAUUUUUGAAUAGUAACUGCAAAUAUAUACACUAUAACAUCAAAGCGCUAAUGCUUCAAUUUUCAGCUGUUUAAUAGCGAUUCAUUUCCGUAGUCAAUUUUCAAGCCUCAGGCAACCAUUUCAUUUUUAAUCGUGCAAUGUUUAUACAAUUUAUUUAAAUAACGAUUUGGUUUUGCAUUUUUACAAAAAUAUUAAUAGUUACUUUUAAAAAUGUUUUAAUCAAAUUAAUUAAAAUAGAAACUUAUGUUGUUAUGUUGGUAACACUCAUCUGCAAAUCGAAGUCACGAUUCAUAUCAUUAGAGCCUCAUCGCCCCUUCCACUGAUUGUUUCACUCCCACCAUAAUUUUUUUAAUAGUCAUCUCAAUAAAUCGAUUAUACGAAAAAUAUUUUAUUUGAACAUUCAUAUGUUAAGGCAUUUUAAUAUUAGUCUAUUCCAAUAAUAAACUAUGGUUUCGUGUAGUAUUGAAUUGAAAUUUCUAGUUAUAUUAUUUAUUAUUCACAUUAAUCACUCACAAGAGUUCAAUGGAUUUGAUAACACCAUGUUGUAUAAAAUAAAUUGGCCAGGUAAAAAGGAAGCUGAUAGAUUGGUGAAGGUAAGUUAAAAACAAUAAAAAGUUGAAAGUAAUAUGUAUUUCAAUUAUUUGCAACUUCAUAGCCGCAUUUUAUUAAACAACAAAGUUAUAAUUAUUAACUUAUAGCUUAAAUGAUAUAGGGUCUAAAAAUUGUACUGGUAAAUAUUUUAAAAAUACAAAUUUUAUAUAUUGUAGGUAUGUGAUUAAAAAUUUAGAUACAUAUAGUAAAAUAAAAUUCCUGAGAAUUUAAGAAAUCUAUUGCUAUUUUUAUAUUAACUAAAGAUUAUACUCAAAUUUAUAAUUGAUUCAUUAGGAAAACAGUGAAAAUACCUAUACUGUGAAAACAGCUCUCGGUGAAACAUAUCAGUGUUUUCUACCUGAACUAAAUGACAUAAAUGAAAAAUCAUAUGAUGGACCUAGCCCAUUUGAACUAAUAUUAUCAUUAUUCUCAAAACAAUGCUGUUCCUCCAAAGUAAGUAUAUAAUUUAUGUAACAUAAAUAUUUUAUUUCCUAUACUUCAUGUCUACAUAUGAUAUAUUUAAAUAGGAUGAUACUUAUUGGAUUUAUGAGGUAUGUCAUUUCCGAUAUGUUCGACAAUAUCAUAAGGAAGGUGAAGGAAAAACACAAAAGAAGCAAGAGUACUAUUUGGGUAAAUGGCAGGUUUUUGAAGAUCUCAAUAAAGGUACACUAAUCAAAUUAAUAAUAACUAAUGAUAAUAAUAAUUUUACUGUAUUUGUAUAAUGAAAUUUAUAAUAGAGAAAAAUUUGUAUCUCUGUACAAAAUUUCUCUUACAUUUUUUCUGACAUUAUUUGUAGUUGAAGAACUAAGAAGAUUGGCAAAUUUAAAUUAUCCUAGACCUACAAAGACAAGGAAAAUUGAUGGUGUUAAAUUACCAUACUUUGAAAUGAAUAUGUCUGAUGGCACAGUUUGUGAUAUCAAUGGCCGUCAAAGACAAACAAACGUGUUAUAUCUUUGUUAUCCUCCUAGUAAACAUCGUGUGUUUUCGGUAACAGAGAUUUCUCUUUGUCAAUACGAAGUUAUCUUUUUAACAUCAUUUUUAUGUAGUCAUCCUUGGUACAAGUGAGUAUUAGAAUUUUGGAAUAUUAUUAAUCGAAAAUAAUCUUCAUAAAUAAUUGGUGUUUUGAAUAUUUAUUGAAUGUAGACCAUCAAACAGUGAUAAAUUGAACAUUAACUGUUUCCCAGUAGGCGAUUCACCUCGCGAACCUCAUAACUUAAAAUUUCUCCAACCUGAUACUUCUAAACUGAAAAAGAACUUAAAAAUUAUGCACACUGUAAGUUUAAAUAUUUAUAUUUGUAGCAGUUAACUUUUUUUUGCAUGGUUUUUUAAUCUUGUCAUUAGUUGGCAUAUUAAUAACGGAGAAAUUAAAAUACAGGUUAAAAUACAAUCAUCUUCAGAAACAGAAUCAAUUGGGUCAAAAAAAAAGUCAUCUUUAAUAAUAAACAGUUAUGCUAAAACAUCAAUUAAUGAAAUGAAGGAAUUUGUGUUUGGAAAUUUAUGUUUUCAUGGAGUGGGUCAAAUUAUAUUUAAACAAUUUUAUGAUUUUUAUUGANAUUGGUUAAAUAAAAACGAAGAGAAGAAGCCAAAACUUGAUACAAAAGGAAAGAGAAAUGUUUUAUUUCAUUUUCACUCUUCUGGAUCUGUCUGUCGAAAAACUGGUGAAAAACGAGAGACUGUGGUAAAUAUAACUAUUUAACUUGCUAUUAAUAUUUAUUUAUUUAUAACAAAAAAAACCAAUUACCACUUUUAUAUAACUAAUUAAAGAUACAUGGGUAUAUAAAUUAUCAUAAUACAGAAUACAUUGUAGAGCUUUAUUAACUGUUGUUGGUUAACAUUAAUAUGUUUUUUAUUAACACUUUUUAGGUGCAGUAUAAAUGUACAGAAGAUCAAUAUAAUGAAAAUGUAAUAAAUCUUUAUUUAUUUGAACCAAAACCAUGUAAAUAUGAGUUAAAAAUAGAAUCACCAUCACUCUGUGAACUAAUAAAUGGGCCAAUUGAUGAAUCUGGAUUAUUCAAAGAGACAGAUAAGGUUUUUAAUGGUAUUUUAAAAUCUAUAUUUGAAGACGAAGCGGAACCAAAUUUAAAUUCCUUCACAAAAAAAGAAUUGUAG